AUGCUGGGUAAACGUAAAGCAUUCCAAGCUGUGCCUCCACCAAGGAAGAAGCGGAAAUCAGCGUCAGCCAUCGAAGAGAUCUCCUUCGACUUCAGUGCCCGAGAAGACUACCUGACUGGAUUCCACAAACGCAAGCUGCUACGAAUAAAGCAUGCUAAGGAGGAAGCUGCCAAGAAAGACCGCGAAGACAAACUUGCUGCUAGGAAGAUCCUACGAGAAGGGCGGAAAGCAGAUCUGGAGAAGCAUGUGCAAGCCGUAAAUUCCAUGAUAAGGGAAGCGGAUGGGGUAGCUUCAGACUCUAGCGAGGAAGGGGUUGAGGGUGAGGGAGAGCUAUGGGAUGGGAUCAAGGAUAAUCAUGACCCUCUAGUGGACCAUGAGGACGAAUACAUGGACGACGAUAGGUUUACAACUGUCACAGUCGAGGCUGUGGAUGUCUCAAAGGAUGGUCUACAGAAAGCAAUUCAAGAUGCAGAGAAUGAAGGCGAGGCCUCGGGCACCGACAGACCUGAUGGGAAACCACAGGGAACUACGGCUCUGCAGGGAAGAACAGGAUCCGAGAAGGGCAAGCGGGUAUGGACCAAAGAGGCCCCAAGUGGCCCUAGAAAAAGGAAAAAGAAGUUCCGUUAUGAGAACAAAGCUGAGAGGAAGGCCACAAGAUACAAGGAAAGAUCGGGCAACAAAGCGAAAGCCAAGGCCAGAAGGGAAUGA